CAACAUCAGAUCCGACCAUUGAUCAGAGUUCUUUGUCCUCACCUGAACCUCACGUCACAAUCUUUGUUUCCUCCGCCCCCAACGCCACAAAUCAUCCCAAAACCCGAUUGCACCUCAACCCACCAAAUCUCUUCUCUUCUACUAGCUCUUCCAAUGGCUGCUUCUCUCUCCAUCUCUAGACUUCUCCUCUCCUCCCCCGCGGCCGCCACCACCGCCACAACCAAAUCCCUACUCUUUCCUAUCUCCUUCUCCUCUAAACUCUCUUUCUCCUCUCUCCCUCUCAAACACCAAUCCAAUCCACUCAAACUCAAAAGAUUCUCCACCAAAACAACCACCACUCCCACAAUCUCCGCCACCAUUUCUGUCGGCGACAAGCUUCCGGACGCCACCCUCUCCUAUUUCGACGCUGACGGGGAGCUCCAGACCACCACCGUAUCCUCUCUCACUUCCGGGAAAAAGUCAAUCUUCUUUGCUGUCCCUGGAGCCUUCACUCCUACCUGCUCGCAGAAACACCUUCCGGGAUUCGUGGAGAAAUCCGCGGAGCUAAAAGCGAAAGGGGUGGAUACCAUUGCUUGUGUAUCGGUGAACGAUGCGUUUGUUAUGAGAGCUUGGAAGGAGAAUUUAGGGAUUAAGGACGAGGUGCUGCUUUUAUCUGAUGGAAAUGGGGAAUUCACCAAGAAAAUUGGGUGUGAGCUAGAUUUGCGUGAUAAGCCAGUGGGAUUGGGAGUGAGGUCAAGGAGAUAUGCCCUUUUGGCAGAGGAUGGGGUCGUCAAGGUGCUCAAUUUGGAAGAAGGUGGAGCUUUUACGUUCAGUGGAGCUGAAGAUAUGCUUAAAGUUCUUUAAUUUUGUUGGUGAGGUGUUUUUUUUUCCUCGUUUCGUUUAUUAAUAAAGUGGAUGAGACCUGAGUGCGAUUUCAACUUAUGGGAUUUUCAAAUGCUCUUCACUUUUCUAUGAUGCACUGCGUUUUCUGCA